AUGAACUUGCGCGGUGUGUCAAGGCUGUUUAAAGUUCAUGCCUUGGUAGUUAUUGAAAGGACUCUGCUAAAUCGUCGAUUGUUUGUGUUAUUUUCAUUAUUCAGUAGUUUAUCACUUCUGAUUUUUAUCUUUUAUGCUAAUAAAUGGUUUCUAAAUUAUCAUUAUACAAAUUAUUUUAUGUUGGCAAAACAGUUCUCGAAAACAGAUAAUUAUUCAUUCAUCAAUAACAACAAUGCUCAUGGUACGGACAGUAAUAUCAAGCCAUAUCCUGUUGUUGUCUACAACAGAAUCCCUAAAACAGGUAGCACAUCUUUAAUAAACUUAGUCUAUCAAUUAAUUGAAGAGAAUUGCAGUCAUACACAUGUGAUACACUUGAACAUUUCUUCAAAUAAACAUUAUUUAAAUCGUGUAAAUGAAUUAUAUCUUAUAGAUAAUUUGACACAUUGGACCAGUAUGCAUCCACUGAUUAUACAUGGGCAUUUCGCUUAUAUAAAUUUUAUCAAAUAUGGAUCAUUGUUUAACCCAAUAUAUAUUAAUAUGAUAAGAAAUCCACUAGACAGAUUAGUGUCUUAUUAUUACUUUCUACGAUAUGGUGAUGAUUAUAGACCAUAUCUGAUACGUAAACGUAUGUUUGAUAUUGUGACUCGCAACCAAACAUUUGAUGAAUGUGUUCUUGUAAAUGGUAGUGAUUGUAGUCCACAACUUCUAUGGGUCCAAGUACCGUUUUUCUGCGGACAAGCAGCGUAUUGCAGAAUCCCUGGUAAUCCAGUUGCUGUAGAAACUGCUAAACGUCGUGUGAUUGAAGAUUAUCUUAUUGUUGGCCUGACAGAAGAAUUUGAUAAAUUUGUCGACUUGCUAGAAAUACUUUUACCAUCAUUCUUUACCGGUGCUCAUAAUCUAAUAUCUCGUUCAAAGGAUAAAUGGCAUCUAAGACGCACAAAUUAUAAAUUGCCAAUUAGUAAAGCAACAACUAAAAUAUAUCAAGACAAUCCGAUUUGGCAAGCUGAACAAGAGUUUUACAACUUUGUUCGUACAGAAUUUCAUACAAUACUCAGUGCUCUCCAAGGACAGUUUUCACACCAACCACUUUCAAAAUUUUCUGCAUUGUAUAAAGAAAAAAUUAAUUUUGAUAAAAUUCGCCCAAAAUUUGGCGCUUAA